CCUCCUCCUCUGAGACUGACAGCGCGGUAGCUGCUCACCGGCAAUGAUACAGCAAACCCGGGCUCGGUAAGACACGGCGAGAUGGACUUAGCGGACACUUUCUACCACUACAAAGACGGAUAUUAUUUAGACACAUUCGUCUGAUGAAAAACAACGGAUUUUAUUCUUCCCUAGGAUUAUUUUUGUUUCGGGAAAAAGGGUACUCAGUGUCCCGGGAGAGGAAUUGAUGCCGCGACUGGUUUCCUGCGACAUACACCGGUCGGCUGAAAAGCCCUCACAUUCACUUUGAAGACCACCCGAGUACAUUUACACCAUUCUCAGCGAGAGCUAAACACGUACAAGUACACGUAUUUGUUACACUGACAUAACCAACAUAUUCGUCUUAAAUAGAGAGGAGCUCUGCGAGAACGCGGCUAAUCGCUACUGGCGACCCCAUUUAGCUUCAAGCUAACCAACGGCUAGCUCAAUUCGCCGUUCUUUGUUUAUUUCAUUAGAAUCAUUGAAAACGGUGUUUUUAAUCCACUCGAAGCUAUACAACACGCUUGGCCUUAAAGAGCUGCGCCGUGUCUACGCCAGUGUUUCGGCGUAACUGCACACGGAGACGUUCAGCCCCCAUGUUUAAAGGACAUAAAUUAUCUUGACUUGUCACUUAUGGCUCGCUAGCGUCGCGGUACCGCAGCUGACCGGGCUAGCUAGCAUCCGCUGCGGCUAGAAGGCAGCGACAACAGCCGCCGACCGGGCCGUUGGUGACUCAUCGACGGCCGGGAUGAACCACCAGGACCCCUCCGCGGACCCGCCGGGGACCGGGAGUCGGAAGACGGCUUUCCACUACAGGAGAGGUAGCAGCGGGGCGUCCGCCUCCACCGCGACCGACGACAAUCCCGGCCAGGCUGGUUCCAACUCCCCCGGACCCCACCAGCAGCCCCAGUCCCAGGCGGCCAGCGCCCAGCAGGUGAAGAAAAAGAGCGGCUUCCAGAUAACAAGUGUGACCUCGGCUCAGAUCAACGUGAGCGGCAACAACAGUCUGGCAGAUGACACUGAGAGCUACGAUGACAUGGAUGAGUCCCACACGGAGGACCUCUCCUCCUCCGAUAUGCUGGAUGUCUCCGUGUCCAGGGCCACGGACACCGGCGUGCCGGAGCGCAGCUCUUCGGACGAGACUCUCAACAGUCUCCACGGGGUCGACACCCCGGGGAUGGUGUCGCCCAACGAACCUCUGCGCCCUCAUUCCGUCGGCCAGGGGUCUCAGCAGAACACCUCCAUGGUAAACGGGGCCGUGCAUCACCAUCAUUAUUAUCUUCAGCAGCAGAACCAGCCUCACCAUCACCUCUCUGACAGCUUGGGAGGAGGUGAGUCCUCCGUGGCAGCUCUUCCCGUUGCUCCCGUGAGAAGCUCCAGCCCAUCUGUGGCUUCCAGAGCCGCAAAUAGCCAGACACAGAGGCCGUCAAUGCUGGAAAGCUGUGAACCUUUACCCGCGGUGGUGGGCGCAGUCGCUGAUCCACAGCUUAACAUUUCUAAUGUGUCUGCUGCCGCUGCAGUUCCUCCCCCUGGGCCCGCAGGUUUGGACAACGUGGCCGCGACUGGGCACGCGGCUUCGGUUGGAGGAGGAACAGGCCCGUCUGCCGCUGCCCUCAGCACUCAGUCCCAGCACACGCAGACUGCAACCGGCUCUCGUUUCAGGGUGGUCAAACUAGACACCAACUCUGAGCCGUUCCGCAAGGGGAGAUGGACGUGCACGGACUAUUAUGAAAAGGAGGUUCCACACGCAACCACGUCUGAGGCACCAAAAAGUGUCGAGGUGGCUAUGGAGACAGAUCCUGGUAACGUUCUGAUUAGUCAGGGCACACCCGCCGUUCAACCGCCGCACACGCUUCAGUCCUACCAGCAGCCGAGCCUGGACUUCACUAGUCCGCAAGCCAUGCAGAGCCCCCCACAGGGACUGGCCCAAACCGCUCCCGUGACCUACGUUUCACCCCAUGAGGUUGUGGGCGGGGCUUACCUGCAGCAACACGUGGCUCCUGCCGCGCUCCCUACAGCCCCACCACAGACCGGGGUGAAUCAGCCUCCCGCUGUAGUACCCCAGCAGUUGCCCUAUACCUUGGAUCCCCAGCCGGCUCAACCCCAGGGAGGUUACUCUGCACCUCAGUUACACGCGGGGGUCAUAGGUCAGGGAGGUGUCCGACAGCCAGACUUCAUUCAGCCCACCGCCCCAUUCCAGACCCAGGUCCAGCCUCCUCUGCCGCAUGUCCAAAUGGAAAUCUCCAUUUCACCAGUUCCAGGGAUCACGGCGCCGACCAGCUUCACUCAGCAAGGUCUGGUAGCCCCCCCCGGCCAGGCAUCUUUUCUAGGACCGCCAAAGACCCUCCCAACUCAACCACAGCCACAAGCCCAGCCCCCCUCCACAGCUAGAUUUCCGGCAGCGCUCGCCCACGGGACCCACUACACGCCUUUAACUGCUCUGCAAGCUGACCUCCAGCCUCUCCUCACCCAUGGCGCGACCCUCCCUCAGGUCCCCGGGGGAGGGAGUUCCAUAAGAACAUCCCAGCUGGAGGAUGCUGGCUUUUCCCUCGGCUUGCUGGGCUUUCCCAGACUAGGGAUGACGGCGGGCAUGGAGGUCGGCGGCGCUGCUGGAUCACUGGCCCACAUGGCGAUGUCGGCCGAGGCCAGUGCCUUCAUGGUUGCUGCCGCUGCAGGCCUCAGGACUCAGCACGCCGAAGGAGACGAGGAUAGCUCCUCCGGCGCGAGUGUGGUGGCCAUCGACAACAAGAUUGAACAAGCGAUGGACCUGGUGAAGAGUCACCUGAUGUACGCCGUGCGUGAGGAGGUGGAGGUGCUGAAGGAGCAGAUCAAGGAGCUGAUCGAGCGCAACACUCAGCUGGAGCAGGAGAACAACCUGCUCAAGAACCUGGCCAGUCCCGAGCAGAUGGCCCAGUUCCAGGCGCAGGUGCAGACCGGCGGCUCCCCGACCGGCACCGCCCAGCCUCCGGUUCCGGGCCCGGUGCCUGUCGGCACAGGACAAGCCCCCCCUCCCUCCCAGAGCUCCGGCACGUCUGCGUAGCACGUCUGCGUAGCUGCACCGUGCAGAGCCCCGUGAGGAUGAGAGAUGGGAAGGAUGGGUGGAGAUGGAUGGAGAAGGUGGAGGAGGGAGAAAUCACGCUGAGGGGAGCGCACACUUUCAACCGGAGGACAAACUUUUCUUUAGUUGCACAUUUCAUUUAACUAAAAGACUUUGGAGUUGCACGUGUGUGUGUGUUGGCUUUCAUUACCUGCUCCAGACAUCGGCCCAAUGAAGGCGGAGCCGACAGGAACAAACAGCCGACCGUCGCAGCCGCCGCCGUCGCCCUUUGGUGGAAGGAGCUGAACUCCGGGUGGGGAGGGGGACGCCUUCGACACCCACUCCUCCUCUCAACCCGUCAGCCCAAACCACACCUGUUUUUUUACUCCGCCUGUUUCUUUUUCUUCCUUUAGUACUUGGGUCCACGCACUUUUGUUGAAAACAUUCAGAAACAGGGACCCAUCUGGAAUGGAGUCCUCGAGGGUCCGGCUCACAUUUUUCUUCAUCGUCAGGCGAUGACGUGCCGUCUUGAUGUUCUGGGUUGAGUGGAAGUUAUAAAGAAUAAUGACAUACAUGGGGUGUGUGUGUGUAUGUAUGUGUGUGCAUAUAUAGUAUAUAUAUAUAUAUACAUAUACACACAUACAUAUAUGUGUAUAUAUUUUCUGCGCCUCGUGCACUUUGAGAACCCUUUGUUCUUGUGGAGGUUCUCGUCCACGCCCUCAACGCACCUUCUCGGACGGAGCGUUAAACAUUUACGCCAGGAAUCAAAGUUACUUCCUUUCUAAGGAAAGGUUUGUUUUUGUCUGUUGAUGUUUCCACCGUUGUAAAUGUAAUUUAAUGUCCAAGUGAUGUGUGAGAAAUAAUUGACAAAGGCAAAAACAAGUAGGACACGACCGUUUCUGGGUAAUUUUGUACAGAUUAAAAGAUUCCAAUGAAACUGCCAAGUGCCUGGUUUCUAACCAUAGAUACAUAUAUACCAGCUUUUUAAGUUGUUUAAUUAUGUAAAUAUGUGUACAUAUAAAUAUAUAAAUAUAUAUAUCUAUCUAUGGUUUGCCAGGUUUUGAACUACCUGUGAUGUCAUCACUCAGGGUGGCAACGCGCGAGGACUGUUUACCUCGACAACAAGAUGCUGUCUCAGCGACAGGCGGACUCGUACUGUAUGUGAAGCCGCCGCCGCUGGAAUUCAAACUAUCCGGAUGGUUUUAACCUUUUGCGGGACGUGUCAUAUUGGUUUUGUUUCUAUUCUCAUGAAUGACGGUGGUUUAUUUUUGUUGUCUUUUGUACAGCCAAGUGUUUUGAGUUGCUCGUUACACGAUAGCAAGACACUAAGAUGCCUAGCGGAAGUGUGUCGGUGUUUCGUGCAUGUUCCUCGGCCCGUCUCAAAUGUGACGUUAUAAUUGCACUAGACAGUUGCACCUCAAAUAAAAAAAAUGAAAACAUUC